GCGGAGGAGGAGGAGGACCGACGGCGCGGGCUGUAGUUAUGCCUCAGCUCCAGGACUACAUAUAUCCUCUCUGUCUGUCACGCGCGCCACUUUUUUCCCUCUGUUCCUCCCUCGAGUUCACUUCUACCUUUCUCUUUUGGAGAAGUCGCCGAGGAGAGCCGACCGCGCGUCAUGGUGCGUCUUUGCGCAUUACCUCUGGAUCUCUAAAAUAAAUUGAUUUCUUUUCUUUUCUUCUUCUUCUUCUUCUUUUUUUUGUUUUUUUCUUUUCCGGCUGGACUAAAAUGAAGCGUCUCUUCUGCGUGGAGGAGAGGAGAGACAACGUAUCGCAGCCAGUGUCCCUCUCUGAAUAUUUGGCUGCAGCUGCUGGUGAUCUGCGUGAAGCCACUGAAUAAAAAAAAAAAAAAACGGCGUUCGCUAUAAGGGGAAAAGGAAGAAAAAAAGGGGAGUUGCAGUAAGCGGCUUUUUCUCCCUCCGAUUCCCUUCCUGCCUGCUGACAAUGUGCCAGGUCCAUCCACCACACGGGAUCCCGUUCAUUUGUGAUGGUUUCGCCUUUUUUCUUUCCUAGGAUUGAACAGUUUGGAAGGGAUUUUCUUUUUUUUUUUCUUUUUCUUUUUUUUUUUUUGUUUGGGAUUCAAAGUGAAGGUCAAUGGGGAGAUUUGCGCAACUCCCGUGCGUCCUGUUUUAACCUCAAAUAACAGUGCUUGCGCCUGUUCUCUGCCCGCCUGUGUUUGUGCGUGCUUGCAUAUGUGAGACUGUGUGUGUGUGUGUGUGUGUGUGUGUGUGUGUGUGAGCGCCACUACCUCCUUUCCUUGUUCCUCUCCCUACUGUGAGAACUCAUCCUCUGAUUUUUUUUUUUUUUUUUUCCUCCGUUCCAUCCAAGGCUCGGGCUGCGAAGUUAAAUGCUGGAUCUAUAUUUCAGCGACCAUUUUUGGCUGUAAAAAUGCUGAGCGGCGUCCUGUUUCUGAGCGUCCUCACGGUCACCAGCCUGACACCGUCCGAAACGCAGAGCCGCAAAACUUCCUCCUCCAAAGAAAUCUGCAAGAGCCGCUGCAGCUGCGAGGAGCGGGAGAACGUUCUGAACAUCAACUGUGAGAAUAAAGGAUUUACCACCGUCAGUCAGUUCCAGGCGCCCCCCAAUAAAAUCUCGCAGCUUUUUCUAAAUGGAAACUUCUUGUCACGGCUCAGCGCCAAUGAGUUUGUCAAUUAUGGCAAUGUCACUUCACUGCAUCUCGGGAAUAACGGCUUACAGGAGAUCCGAACUGGCGCAUUUAACGGGCUGCGCUUUCUGAAGCGGCUCCACUUGAACAACAACAACCUGGAGGUGAUAAAAGAGGACACCUUUGCAGGACUGGAGAGUUUGGAGUACUUACAGGCAGACUAUAAUUACAUCAGUGCCAUCGAGCCGGGUGCUUUCAGUAAGCUGAAUAAGCUCAAAGUGUUGAUCCUGAAUGACAACCUGCUCCUGUCUCUGCCUCCCAAUAUUUUCCGCUUUGUGCUCCUCACCCACUUGGAUUUACGUGGCAACCGGCUCAAGAUGCUGCCGUUUGCUGGGGUCCUCGAGCACAUAGGCGGCAUCAUGGAGAUCCAGCUGGAGGAGAACCCGUGGAAUUGCACAUGUGAUCUGAUUCCCCUCAAAUCCUGGUUGGACACCAUAUCCGUCUUCGUGGGGGACAUAGUGUGUGAGACGCCAUUCAGGCUGCAUGGCAAAGACAUCACGCAGCUCAUAAAGCAGGAUCUGUGCCCACGCAGGAAUGCUGGUGAGCGUGUUCACCCCCCCUCUGACUCUCACUUUCAAGGGGCCCUGCCCCCGACCUACCACCCCGGUGGGAUCACCCCCACCCGGGCCCCGAAAGCCUCCCGUCCUCCCAAAAUGCGCUAUAGGCCCACCCCUCGCAUCUCAAAAGACAAACACGUCUUUGGGCCCAUAAUGGUCUACCAGACACGCUCCCCUGUGCCCAUGUUGUGUCCGAGCGUGUGUGUGUGCACGUCACAAAACCCAGACAGCGGCUUGAACAUUAAUUGCCAGGAGCGCAAGUUGCACAACAUCAGUGAGCUGAACCCCAAGCCCUCCUACCCAAAGAAACUCCACCUGACCGGUAACUACUUACAAGUGAUUUACAGGACUGAUCUGACCGAGUACAGCUCACUGGAGCUGCUUCAUUUAGGAAAUAACAGGAUAGCAGUGAUUCAGGAAGGUGCGUUUGAGAACCUAACAAACCUCAGACGGCUCUAUCUGAAUGGGAAUUACAUUGAAUCACUUUCUCAGUCCCUCUUUGCCGGCCUGCAGUCGCUCCAGUACCUGUAUUUGGAAUACAACAUCAUCAAAGACAUCUUACCACAGACAUUUAACGCUUUACACAACCUGCAGCUGCUUUUCCUCAACAACAACCUGCUAAGGUCGCUCCCCGACAAUGUUUUCGGGGGCACGAUGCUGACAAGACUCAACUUGCGGAAUAAUCAUUUCUCCUACCUGCCGGUCCGAGGGGUCCUGGACCAGCUCUCAGCCUUCAUCCAGAUUGACCUGCAGGAGAACCCCUGGGACUGCACCUGUGACAUCGUGGCGCUCAAGAACUGGAUGGAGCUGUCCAGUACCAGCGUGGUGGUCAAUGAAAUAACCUGCGAUUCUCCCUCUAAACAUGCGGGUCGCCUGCUGCGCUCGCUCCGCAACGAGGCCAUCUGCCCCGAGCCCAGCGAGGUGCCCCCACAGCAAAAUCCAACCCCUACAAAAGCCCCUACAUUAAAAGGCCCUGGCACGGAGCCUACCACCCCCUCCUCAUCAUCUUCCUCCUCUUCUUCUUCUUCUUUUAGCUCGGUCAGUCCCACCGAAUCCCGAAUGCACACCCCUGAGCUACACCCUGAGGUCCCACUUUCAGUCCUUAUUCUCGGGCUUCUUGUUGUUUUCAUCCUUUCGGUCUGCUUCGGCGCUGGCCUCUUUGUUUUUGUCCUGAAGCGGCGCAAAGGAGUGGAACACGUCCCCACAGGUGCCAACAACUUAGAUCUCAACUCUUUCCAAGUGCAAUAUGGCUCCUACACCCCCGAACCGACCCAAGACAAAACCUCGGAAAGCCAUGUUUAUAACUACAUCCCCCCACCUGUGGGCUCCAUGUGCCAAAACCCCAUUUACAUGCAGAAGGAUGGUGAGCAGGUGGCAUAUUACCGCAACCUGAAGGAGCUCAGCUUUGGGCCCCUGGAUGCAAAGAAGGACGAUGUCCUCACCCGCAGCCCGGGGGCCUACACUAUCAGCACAAUGGAUUUUAUGGAUAAAUCUCCGACAUCCUGCGGCUUGGCCACCCCGGAACCUCCUGAGAUGUUGUAUCAAAACUUAGGGGAGAGGCCCAACAAGGAACUUCCCACAGCGGCAGGCGCCCCCCCUUUCCAUUACAACUUUUGCACUUUACCCAAGAGACCUUGUAUUGUGCCCCCCUACGAGGCCGCUACAGCCCGGCGGUAUGUCACCAACCAGGACAGGUUGAACAAAACCGUGCUGUACGGGACCCCCAGGAAAUACUACGGGGCGGAACACCCCUCCAAAAACAAUGAGCACCCACUUCUGCUCCCAGGGAAGCUAAAAACAGAGCCAGACUACCUGGAGGUUCUGGAGAAACAGACUGCGAUGAGCCAACUGUAAGAUAACGACAGUGCCCCCCCCCCCCCUCCCAGGUUCUGUGCAGCAUACAUUAUACUCAUGCAGUUACUGUAAUAAUACCCUCCCUAUAUAUCUAUCUUAUCUAUCUGUGUUCAGUCCUACAUGAUUGACUGGAAGCGAACUGAAGCCUUCAAUGAUCUUUUUUCUCUCUUCGUUUUCUUCUCUCUUUUUUUUUUGUUUUUUCCUUUUCCAGAUGUAUAAAAAAAGGAGUAUAAGAAGUAUAUUAUUAUUAUUAUGCAGCUCUAUUUUUUGCUCCUGAAAGUUCUAAAUUAUUUCUUCUGAAAAAUGAAACUCCAAAAGACUCUGACGAUGGCAGGCAUAUAAUGGGCAGGACUGUGUACAAAUAUGGCUUUGUGCUUUUCAUGAAACUGUAUUUUAUUUUUCCCCUGUGAGAAAGUAUGACGUAAUUAUUCUUUGUAGAAGAGGAAACGCUACAGAUUGACAUUCCUGUACAUAUUUAGCAUACACAGAUAAAUGGUGAGUGUUGAACCAGAAGUGAGAACCCUUUUCAGAAUCCAACAAGCGGCAAAAUCUUACUAUACCUACUCCAGAAAGUGCCUUUGCACUCAACUAUUUUAUCAACAAUGCUCUGCAAAAUGGAAAAAUUAUCCUUUUUUUGAAAGUGCUGUAUUUUAAAGAAUCAAAUCUUUAUGUAAAAUAGAAGACCUAUAUGUCUGUUUAAAAAGAAAAAAAAGGACAAAAAAAAACAAAACAAAGGAAC